AAUACAGGCGGCUGCUGGGAGAUUUAAAUGAGAAACGCUCUUCAGAGAGAUAAAUUGGAUUAAAUAUUUUACUCCUAAUUUGGACUGUUUGCUAUCACAAACGAUGGAAAGCAAGACUGUAAUGUUUUCGGCACUUUUUCUUGUCUGCCUUACGCUCGUAAACGGAUCCCCAGCAUCUGUGGAAGUGGGGAAGCUUACCACAACAAAUGUUUCAUGGUCAUCAUACAAUUUCAAAACAAUCCUAACAUGGGGACCUAAACCUGUCAACUACACAUAUACAGUUGAAUUUUCAAGAGUCGGUAGGGACAAAGAGAGAAACCCUCACUGCAUCAGGAGCUCGGAGACCGAGUGUGACCUGACUAAUGAACUAGAACUAAAGGGGGUUUAUUCUGCUGAGGUCCUCUCGGAGUCUCCGCUGGGGUCUUCUGACUAUGUGGAGCCCCCAUACACCAGAUCAAAUAAGUUCUGUCCUUAUGACGACACUAUAAUCGGAAGACCUGAGUUUAAGUUGAAGGUGAAUGUGAACAAUAAGACUGUACUGAUCAUACAAGACCCCAUCACAGCUUUGCACAAAGAUGGCAGAUCUCUGAACAUCCGUGACGUCUUUAAGAAAAAUCUCAAGUAUAAGAUUGCAUACAAUAAGGCUGGAAGCACAGGAAAAAAAAUGCUAACUGUGGAUGAGAGCAAAGCAGAGUUUAAUAAUCUAGAUGAGGAUCAGAGUUACUGCUUCAGCGUGGCGGCAUACAUCCCCUCUCGUAAAGGAGACAAGAGGGUCGGAGAGUGGAGCCUCCCGAAGUGCUCACCACAGAAGCACAAGAACCUGAUUGAGGAGUAUGGACUGGCUGUGAUUGGAGGAGCAGCGCUCAUUUUACUGGCUUUUGUAAUUGCUGUAAUUGUUCUGAUCGUGGUUUGCUGUAAACGAGCACGAAGACAAACAUUGAUGGCCAAGGAAACCGAAGUAUAGACUCUCAUAAAGGAAUACAACAUUUCUGCUGUUUGAGCUCAGAACGGGACGUACAGCUGGACUGUAACCGUUUUUGCGCUGAGCAGAACCUGUGUGUACAUAGCACACCUGCAGUACAGCACUGGACUGGUUUCUAUGAAACGCUAACACUACAUGAUAUGUUACAUAUCGGACCUUUGAUUUGUAAUUUUUUAAGGAGGAAUUGUAUUUGAACUGUAUUGGUUUAUUAAAUAGCAUUAUUUAUUAUUUUCUUCAGAAAUACAUGUGUAUUAGCUGCUUUGUGUAUACAGUAUUAUAUCUAGUAGAAAAAAUAUUUAUGAUUCAUAAAAUAUAUAUUUUUUAGAUGUGAGUGAUUGUGUUUUUUAAUAUCUCGGAACUCCACAAGAUAGAAACAGCAAAUAAAUUAUUACAUUUGUCAUGAA